AUGAAGAGCCUAUUGGUCAGCGUUGGAUCAGUGGAAGAGUCAAGUUUCUUGGUCGAAAAAAGUAGCGAGAACGAUUAUUGGAUCGGCAUGUACAGACUGAGUUGUAGCAAGAAUGAAUCACACAGCUACUGGCUGGACGGUUCCAACUUUGAUUUUGUCAACUGGAUGACCAGCGAGAGUGAACCGAAUGAAGACACGUGUUGUUCGAGGAUUGUAAAUGGAGGAAUGUGGAGGGAUAAGUUUUGCCAUUAUAAUGGAUGUUUCUACAUUUGCGAAAAGCCGGCUUCAACGUUUAAGUUGCAAAUAAAGGGAAGAGCGUACAGACGCCUGGCUGACAGUUACGUAGGAAGCGAUAGUUUGGAGGUGGUGUACAACAAGAGAUGUUUGGUGCAGUUUUGCAUGGUGACGUGCCUGCAAAACUGGAUAUGUGCUGGAUUCAACAUGCGACCGGCGCUUGGUGGCGAUGGUGGCAGCAGUGUAGUGGUUGAUGGCGGUGGUGGAGUUGCUGGAUGCAACUGUGAACUGAAAGAUGCCAGAAGCUGGCUGACCUCAGAACCUGUGCCAGGAGUUGGUGCCAGUUAUUGGAGCUACCCCAUCUACGGUUAUGAUUUUUAA